UGGAAAAUAGUAUAUAAUGUAAACUUUAGAAACAUAUGUAACGUAUUGGAAUAUCUUGCAACAUUAUAAUUAAUGUAUAUACCACAUUUUAUUCUUAAACUAUCACCUUUAAGUCGCGAAGAUCUUUAGGGUUGUAUAUGUAUAUCUCUCUUCAUCCCGUUACAUGCAAAUUAAGCGUUUUAUAUUUUUCAUUAAUUUGCAAUGUUAAAAAUUCUAAGUAUAUCAUAUAAAUAAUUUAGAAUUCGAUACAUAGUAUAAUAAUAAAUAUGAAAAUAAUAAUAAAAAAUGAAAAAAUGCUUGUUAGAUGAUAAACGGUGGCGCCAUAGGAACCAAGAAUAAACGGUCCUGAGCUGUGUAGACCUCCGUCCCCCGCGACGCUACGUCGUCGGUCGGUUCGGUUGCUCGCUCGUUCUCGUUCGUUUUCACCCCACUCCAACUCAUACGUCCCCGGUCCCUUAUGACCCCACCUGCCCCGUACCCAGAAACUUUACCCUCACCCCGCUACAUUCAGUCCCUCCCCCCCGAUCCUCUCUCUGAUUCCGCCUUGCCUGCUGCCAGCCAGCCGUCCGUCCUUACGUCCGUCCGUCCACCGUUUGGAUCUAUGGUUGUGUCGGUGGAUUUCGUGACGUUAACCUGGCGGCCCUGAAAACGUUGGACUGACCGUACGAUUUUGACUACCCUUCUCGUUAGGGCGCGAAUGUAAGACGCGAGUGUUUUUUAAUCAUCGCAGCCACCGCACUGGAAUAUAUCAUAGACUAGUUCGGGAAUACUGCCGGGACUAUUGCCGUUGCUGCCAUUAUCACUACACAAAGAUAUAAGAAGAAUGAUGUCCAAAGAUAAAAUGCUUCGAUAGAUGAAGUAAUUUGCACAACAAUAUAAAAAAAUUAGGAGAAAACGGAAUUAUUAAUUUCAAAUAUGUAUUAGAAAGCUUAUAUUAAAAAACGAAUGGAAACGAAACGAAAUAAAUUUAUAAAAGAAGCAGAAGAAGACUAAUGAUAGUGAAAGAAACAAUAGAAUGAAAUAAACUUUAAGAAGAAAAGAAUAUUGAUUUGGAUAUUUUUCGCACGACCAGUUUUGUGAUGAUUCGCAAAUGUGCGUAUGUGUGUACGUGAUUGUGUAUACGUUAAAACUGUGCGCGUAUGUUUCUCGUUCUGCCAUCUUGAAAGUCAUCCAAUUUCUUUCUCUUGGUGGCGCUGGCUCACGUGUGCGGGAAGCGUGCACGGUGCGUGCAUCGUACACGCACUGUGCUAGGUUGCUAUAAGCGAAGAAAUCACGCUUCGAGAAUAACUGCAAAAUAAAGAUUUGUCGAUAGCAUACAAUAAAAUUGCGCGAUGAAAGCGAGUUUUUCAAUAAAUUUAUUUCUUUGUGGGAGUGAUAACGAGUGUCCUAACAAUAUUAAUAGUGAAAGCAGUAUCAGUAGCAACAACAAUCUCGGCAACAGUACACAUGACAUUAGUAGCAGUAAGAAAAACGGAUAUGAUAAUGGUUUUAACGGCAACAAGAAAUCACAAGUGGAAUAUAAUGUGCAAGUUAAGUGUAAGCCAUAUGGCAAUGAUGAGCAGUUGCAUUUCUGUGAGGUGUACUCGUACUGAUUGUGAGUGCUAGUAGAGAAAGAGAAAGCGGGAGACAGAGAGAUAGAAGCCACCAAGACUCUCGUGGAGAGCGGGGCACUGAAAGAUAUGCGGACCUUUGUGCGAACAGCUGAAGCGGAAGUUGUGAGAACAAGUGGAGUGCAACGCGCUCCACCUAAUCGGUGAUAGGGUCAGUCGGUUAAAAGAAGACAAAAUUGGCGUUCGCAGCGACGGCAACGCGGCAUCUUUCGCGAUCACCUUUUCCUCAUCCCUUCCUUUUUCCUACUUCAUUUUGUUUCACUUCGUUUCCUCUCUCUUUUUCUCAAACUCUGACGCAACUCAUUCGUUUAUUUUACAUAUUUUUCUUCUCUUGGUUAUCGAUAGAGAAAAAAAAAUCUCGUCUUUUAUUUCGAUUGAAACUUUUGUAUAAUGAUUCAUCGUAUAGAAGCCGCGUCGCGUUUCCUUACAAUAAUAAAGAAAUCGUCGCUGGAGCAACAGCGGAAGAAAGAAAUUUGAAAAAUCGGUUAGAUUAUGUUCCAAGUGUAUAAUAUCGAGUGAUAUGGAACGCAUGAAAGUGUACGUAAGCUAGCAAAAAGAUAAAAACGACGAAAGAAUAAGAGGGAAGAGCAAGAAACAAACAUAACACGCAACAACGAAGAAACGAACAGAAGACAGUAGUAGUGUAAAGAAGACAGAGAUGAUAAAGAAAAAAAAAGUCUACGAAGGGAAUAGCUUGUGAGAAGAAAAGCAAAAGUUUGCGCGACGUACAGUAUAAUGUGGAGUAGCGUGUUUCGCGAAAGUUUUUAAAAGUCGAUAUAGAAUUUAUAAAUAGAUCGGUUGGUAUACUCACAUAUGUGCACGCGUACGCAUGUGUGCGUGAUUACGCGCGCACAUGUACGUGAUUUUCACUCGAGACUGAAGCGGUGAAUUAUUCUCGCACGGAUCGACUACUCGUGGGGGAAAUUCGAGAUCCGGCUUACCUUCCACAGCUGACGUCAUUACCGUACACAAUGCGCUAGGAGUGAUGGAGACAGUGAGCAAGCAAGUCCAGGUAGUAAGCGGACUGGGGGUGGGGGGUCCGGUGGGCCCUGUGGGUCCAGUGGGGGCAGAUUUGCAUCACCAUCAUCAUCCUCACCCCCACUCCCAUCCUCCACACCCACAUGCCCACCCCCACGGUCAUCCUCACGGACCCCAUGGCCACUCACUGGUCGGUGUAACGUCGACCCCUGGCAGGGGUCAGACACAACCACCGGUCUCGCAUAACCAGCAUUUACCCGCGAGGUCUACUCCGGUACAGCUGCAUAGGCCGGCGCAAAGUUAUGUAAACAUCAAGAGCAGCAGUCCUGUGUCUCCAAGAACGAUAGGAGCAGGAGUGACGUAUGUGCAGGGUGGUGCGGCUGCAUCUUCGGCGGCGGCGGCGGGGACAACCGGAAGUGGAAGUGGCGGAGGUCCUUCAAUCGGUGGAGGCGGUGGCGGUAGCGGAGGAGGUGGCGGUGGUGUCAACAACGCUGGUGGCGCGAACAGUGGAACCGGAGUGGUUGGGACUGGAGCUGGUGCCGGUGCGGGGAACGUAGCAUCAGUCGGAAAUGGUAACAACAACGGUACCAAUAACAGUGCCGGUGCGGGGAGCAACAGUGGUGGAAACGGUGGUACAGUGGGUAGUGCACCAGGGGGUUAUGUUGCUGUACCCAUGGCUGGUGGUCUGCGGUACAUCCAUCCGUAUCCAUCGACGCCAACGUCGGCAUCGGUGCCGGCUGUAGCGACAAUGGUUACCUCAGCCUCGUCGGCACCGACUCCAGUGCCAGUUCCAGCACCCGCAGCUGCGCCUGCCAAUCCACCUACAGUUAGUCAAACGCCACCACCAUCGCUUUCGGGAACUGCUUAUGCCGCGAGAGACGCAUAUCGCAGCGCCACCACGAAUGUGAACGAGAGGAUCGCCAUCAGCGUGAGCAGUAGUCCCUUGUCGCAGAUUGGAGUCGAUGUUGGAGUAGUUGCAGCCGAAUAUGCGGCGAAUAGCGGUAUAAGUAGUGGAAGAGGGGAGAGACCGAGGAUAUCUCUUUUACCACCUGCUUCGGUGACGCCGACACCUUCACCAACAGCACCAGGCUAUCAGCAUAACAUGUCUGGAGUUAGAAAUUCACGAAUAGCCCUGAUGCCCGUCCAGCCGGAUCAGUAUUGCAAUCGUACAGCCGUUGAAAUGGCUAAUCUGCAGGAGGCGCCGCCCUUCAAGAAGAUACGCCUCAGUCAACCGACCCAGAUUCAAUUGCAGUCCCAAACGCAAUCUCGUUGUCAUAGUUUGUCACCCGCUGACCCGUGUGUUAAGCAGGAGCACGUGGUACAGUUGCAGCAACCGCUUAGGAUAGAUACUAGGGAGCAGCCGGCAACAGAAGCAUAUACACCGCAAACUGAAGCGAUUUCGCCUACGCUUCCGGAACCAAACACACAAGAAGAUGCACAGUUCAGAAGCACGAAAGAUGAUCUUCUGCAACAAAUUUCUAAGGUUGAUAGGGAGAUUGCAAAAAGGGAAUCUCAGAUAAAUAAGCUUCGGAAAAAAUUAAAAGAAUUGGAAGAAGCGGCUAAUAAACCUCUAGAAGCCAGCGGUCUUAAACGGCAAGUUGAGGAACAAUCUCAGCAACCAAAGCAUCAAUCUCUGGCACAAAAAAUUUAUGCUGAAAAUAGGAGAAAGGCAGAAGAGGCUCAUAGACUCCUAGAGAGACUGGGUCCAAAAGUGGAACUACCUUUGUACAAUCAGCCAUCAGAUACAAGUGUAUAUCAAGAAAAUCGAACAAAACAUCAAACGUGUAUGAGAGCAAGGCUUAUAGCGAGGCUUCGACGAGAACACGCUGAACGCGCAUCUCUUCAUCGACAACAGUCACAAACGUACGCUAUUUUGGUACAAGAGUGGCAUCGUAAAGUAGAGCGAUUGGAAGCAACGCAGAAAAGGAAGUCGAAGGAAGCGAAGAAUCGCGAAUUUUUUGAAAAAGUGUUUCCAGAGUUGCGGAAACAAAGAGAAGAUAAAGAACGUUUUAAUAGAGUUGGUGCUCGUAUCAAGAGUGAAGCUGAUUUAGAAGAAAUUAUGGAUGGCCUUCAAGAACAAGAGAUGGAAGAUAAAAAGAUGCGUUCGUACGCAGUCAUACCUCCAUUAUUAUUGGAUACGAAGCAAAGAAGAAUCGCGUUUCAAAAUCGUAAUGGUCUUCUUCAGCCUGAAGAGUUAGAAGCUCUUCAUAGUGAACGGAAGUUAAUCAAUGUAUGGAGUUCUGUAGAGCACGAAUUGUUUAAAGAAAAAUAUUUACAACAUCCUAAGAACUUUGGAACGAUAGCUCAAUCUUUAGAACAUAAGUCCGUUCCAGAUUGUGUGCAUCAUUACUACCUCACUAAAAAAGCAGAAAAUUAUAAGCAGCUCUUGAGAAAGUCGCGGCAACGAACACGCUCUCGAAACAAUCCUAAUAAUAAAGUAAAUAAUACCAGUUCAAGUAUUGGAACUUUAGAUAUUUUAACUACGGGUGUUACGACAAGGUUGCAACGUGAGCAACAGCAGAAGACGCAAGAAAAUCCUCAAAAUAGUUCGGCAGCGACAUCAACUACAACGACGACGACGACGACGACAACGUCGAGUGUAUCAACGGCUGUUGCGACAACAAUAGUCACCACUUCGACGACUCCUUUAAGUUCAUCAACGUCGAGUAUAUGUUUAACGACAGACUCUGUAAUAGCAUCAACGACAGCUACAACGACAUCUGUGUUGAGUACUACGACAUCGUCAGUCACGACGUCAUCGACGAUAACAAGCGCGAAGGAUAAUAGAGAAACAAAUAAAGAAAACAAAGAAAGUAAAAUAGAAUCGAAAGAAACCCAUCUUAUUAAAGUGGAAGUGAAAGAAGAGCCGCAAUUAAGUUCGGAAACGGUAUCAGGAAAGGACAUCAAAAUGGAGACGAACAACGUCAGUGGUGGUAGCGUGGUAACUACGAACAGGAUGAAGGAGAAGAAAAAAGAUAAUCACGCCACUCCUAUGGAAACCAGCGACGAGGAAGCCCAAUCGAUGGACACCAUUGAAGGUGGAAGACAGAUUGGUCCCCACGCCUGCACGGUUUGUCAAAAUAUCGUGGAAGGAAACACGCAGAGCAGGGCAUUGCCGCGAAACCAAGCGUCCCAGUAUGGUCUGCGAGAGGAUCAGAUCGCAUCCGGUGCGCGCGUGUGCAAUACCUGUAGGUGUAAAGCGGUUAGAGGACGAUAUACAGCGUGUCCAUUGCCAGGUUGCCCGAAUUUGAACAACGCUUCAAAGACAAGGGUCAAAAGAUUGCGAGCUUUACCCGCCAAAUGGCUCGAUCUACCAGCCGAAAUUCGUGAUCCAAUUAUUCAAGAAUUUCAAAUACCAAGUAACGCGACAAAAUGUUGCUCGGCCUGCUUCAAUCGAAUAUCCCGUCGAUUGGCGCCACACCUAACAGGAAGUGCCGAGGUGCCCGAAGACUCGGUCGAUUCCCUUGCUCGGCAAUGGACGGACGAGGAAUUGGAACAGCUAAGGAGAGCCCUUCGAGAGCAUGGAACCAAUUGGGUGAAAGUUGCCGAACAAAUACCAGGGAAGACGAAUCAUCAAUGCAAGAACUAUUACUUUGCUUAUCGGAAGAAGUUGAGCUUAGAUCAGGUGGUUGCAGAAUAUUAUCAAUCUCUAGGCGAAGAAAGGAGACCUUGUUUGACAGAUGAAGAAGAAAGUGGUAGCAGUACGAGUAGCUGUGAUGAAUUGGCAGUGCAUGAUUCAAGCGAUACGGCUAGCGCAGGCAGUCCAGCGAACAACUUGUCCAGUGGUACACCAGGUACACCGGGUGCCACAGCAUCCUCGAAUCUGCCGAUGGCUUUCUCGCGAUCGGCAGAUCAAAAACUUGGUGAGAAAUUAGCGGAUAUUGCUGUGGUAUCAUUAGUACCGCCGGUGAGCAUAGGUCCGUCGCAACAGUCUUCCACCAGUGGAAGUAGCAAUGCUGCUUCAGCUGGUACUAGAGAAGAUUAUGAUAGUUCCGCCACGGAGACGGCGGACGAAGGUCAGGGUGGUACCGAUUUAGAAAAUAAUGGUGUGGUUGUCACGUUGACAACUGCUAAUAACCCCACAUCACUGCAACAACAGCAUCAGCAAUCUCAUCAACAAGUUGCACAACCUUCGCAUUCACCACCAUCCACUACUAGCAACAACUCCAAUCCCCUCACUGUGAAGGAUCUUAUGCUUGGUGUUAUUGAGAUGCAAUUGAAACGUAAUCCUAACAGUCCAGCUGGUACCAGUGGUCCUUCAGUAUCAAUUAAUUCUGGAACACCAACGAUAUCGAGCAUAUUAAAAACGGAUCAUAGAAAUGAUAUUACAUUUGUGAGAGAAUAUAAACCGACGUCAACUAUGGCAAAUACUAAUAUGUCAAGGGACUCGAAUUUGGCUACGUUGUCGGUGGUAUCCGGUCCUCAUCAUGGUCAUCGUUCUGCUUCUAGUCCUCAACAAAUUGGUCAAAUGCAAGCAACAAUUACUCCUUGUCCACCCACGCCAUCGAACAAUCAGUCAUCUACAUCAGACAUACUUCCAAAGGAAGGCUUAGUUGUGAUGCAAGUACAACAAGCAUUACGAGAAAGCACCGAGGGCACUCUUGAUCUAAGCAUUAAAAAACCAAGACAACAGCAAGAAUAUAAUCAUUCCCUUCAAACACUUCAUAAACCACCGACAGUCACUCUCUAUCGGCCAGAACCUUCCAGUGCUUAUUAUCAUCCUCAUGCUCAUGCAGAACAAGGUCGCGGCGCCAAAAGUCCGUUGGUCUAUGCGUCGUCUCCACGACCUCAAGCACCUCUUACACCUAAGAUGAAUAAAGUUGCAGUACCACCACCGCAUCCUAAAUUGUCGCCCAAAUUGAGCGCAAUAGUGACAACAAGCCAUAAGAGUGGUUCUAUUACACACGGAACUCCUGUGUCUAAUACACGUUAUGAGGGUCUUCUUAGACAGAUGACUCCUCCAGGAAAUCCUGGCAGUGCAGCUGGAACACCCAAUCUGACUAGCGGUGCAAGUGCUGUGAAUGCACCCAGUAAUCAAGGACCUAAAGAAACAGGAUCCAUAACUCAAGGAACUCCUGUUCAUCCCUAUGUGGAUAAGCGUGCACCAAUGUAUGAUUAUCAUAGAACAAUCAGGCAUUCACCUGUAACGACAGGCAACAUUCCUGGUCAAGGUCAGACUCAAGCUGGAACAGCAGCAGUAGUAGUGACGCAUAGCAAUCAAUAUAAUUCUUAUUCGGGACGACCACCUCCUAGCUAUACUAUGGAGCAGCAGUUAUCGUCAAGACAAAUUAUUAUGAAUGACUACAUAACCAGUCAACAAAUGCACGCGCGAAGUCGAAGUGCUGGCACGUCUGAAGGUAAUAGUAAGAAUGAAGGACCAUCGACGUUAUAUUAUACCAGCACACCCCCACCUCAAACGCAUACACAACCUCGUCAAGGUGUGAUACAAAGGCACAAUCCACAAAAACAAAUUCAUUAUCCGCCACCACCACCAGGACUGGAGGCCUUUUCCAGUUUGGUGGAUGUUGCUGUACAGCAACCAAGUCUUCCGGUUCCUCAUCCACAUGGACAUCCUGCAUCUGGGAGUAGCAGUCACGAAGGUCUUGGUAAGACCAUGGCAGACAGAUUGUUGGCCGACCGUUAUGGGGACAAACAUCGUUUAACUAUGCAUCAAGAUCACAGAAUGGCAGUAGCUCACCAUCAUCAACGUGAUAGAGAAAGGGAACGAGAUCUAGUUCAUUUACGCGAGAAGGAAGAAUAUAGAUUACAGAGAGAGAAGGAGAUUCAACAACAGGAACAUAGAUUGGUUCAGCAAAGAGAAAAAGAUGUACAACAUGCUGAACACAGAUUGUCAAUACAGCAACGAGAAAAAGAUAUACAACACACUGAUCAUCGUCUUACCGUCCAUCAACAAAGAGAAAAAGAGAUUCAUCAGCAGAUGGUAGUGGCUGCUGCUCAACGUGAAAAAGAACAUCAAGAACAUCGUUUGGCUGUACAACAACAAAGAGAGAGAGAUCUAGCACAUUUGCAACAGCAACAACAACAACAACAGCUUCAACAACAUAUUCAGCAGCAACAGAGGAUGGAAGUUGAAAGAAGGCAACAUAUGGCUCAACUGUACAGAGAUCAGCAGCAACAACAACUUGAUAGGGAUAGCCGAUUAAUAAAUAGUGGAUUUACCCAAUCCUCUAGACUUCAACAACCGCAACAAUCCCAGCAACAACAACAACAGCAACAACAGUCCUCUUCUAGACAAAACCAAUCCUCCAAUCAACAACAAAAUGAAUCAGCAUCUACAUUAACUGCUGCCAGUCUGAUAGAUGCUAUUAUAACACAUCAAAUUAACCAAAGUGUCGAAAAUACUGGUGGAAAUACCCAACCGCAACGACCUGGUGAUCGUCUUUUCCAGGUAACUUGUGGAUUUCACCGAGAAGCUCCAGUAGAACCUAAUGGAAUGGCUCACAGUCCUGCUGGCGAUGGGAAUAGUGGCAACAGUGGAGCUGGGAAUGCAGGCGGCAAUGGAGGUGGCAAUAAACCUAUUACUCUUGGAGAACAUGUUGAUCAUAUUGUUUCUAAAGAUUAUGGUCCUCCACAUUCCUCAUAUAGAUCCUAUAGUGGAUAUCAAAUCUCGGAAGAUCAGUGGAAGAGACGAAAAGCUAGCGAACCCGAUUCUGUGAAGGCUGGAGAUGAGCGUCAAAUAAUUCGAGUUACGCAGCAACAAUCGCAACAACAACAGCAACAGCAGCAGCAGCAACAACAACAACAACAGCAACAACAACACCAACAUCAACAGUCAGCAGCAUCCGUAGGAAAACAAUCGUUCCAUUCAGUCGAACCUGUUUCACCUCCAGAAGCAGGUACCAAUCACUAUGGGCGUCGCCUGUACGAAACAACCACUGCCACAUCGACUUCCGGAACUCCUUCCAAACCUCAUCUGUCACCUUUGGAUUACGUAAAGAAUAAGAUCGUUGAAGUGAUGCGUACAUCUGAGGAUGAUAAAGGGGGUAACGCAACCGAUAGAAAUGGAGGAAACAUCACAAGUGGAGAAAAAGAUGAGAAAAUUGGAGGAAAUGUGGAAAGUCCUUCAAGUGGAGAAAUGAUGGUGGAUGAAACACCGAAUAAAACUCCUCAACCACCAGCACCAGCGCCUACUACAACUUUUUAUCCGUUCAGUGCGUUAGGCGUUCAUACUGGCCCACCUCCUGCGCCACCACCUCCAACUUCUGGAUCUGCUUCUGUGACAAAAUCUGAACAAAUGCAAGCCGAACCAGCACCAUUACUUUCUGCGCAGUACGAGCCACUUUCUGAUGAGGAUUGAUAGUCUAAUAAGUUAGCAACGUGUGCUAAUUUACACGCUGUGGAAAUGUUCUUCUUAGGGUAUUUAUGCAGUUUGUUCAUACUGGACGGAAGUCUUAUUCAGACUACAACAAUGAAUAUCGAAUAUUUCACAAUUACCAAUGUUUUUCGGGCGUUAGCCAUUGCGUUCUAACUGGUCGUAUCUAAUAAUUUUUCUAAUGAUAAUUGAAUCGAAGGAAUUUCUUAUUUCGUUCCAUUUCGUUCGUUUGCUCACUUUCAUUUUUUCUUUUUCUUUUUUUUUUUUAUCACGAACUUUAUCGUAUUCCGAAAUGGAAAUUAUAAAUAUGAUGGUUUUAAAUAGAGUUUAUUAUUUUAUAAAUUUCAUAUUCCGUCAAUGUAUUCUUUUAGUCGAGGAUCGUUUCCGUACUCUCAGUGUACAUGUAAAUGUGAUUAUUUUACGGAAGCACUAUUAUUUUUUUAAUGCUCAUCCAGCGUACGAGAAACUAACAAGCAGCGUAAUUUUAAUUAAUAAUUGAUAUUUUUUUACGCAUUACUUAUCUUUCACGCUAAUAUGUACGUAAACGUUGUGUAUAAUUAUCAGCUAGAUUAAAUAUAAUUAUUUCUAUUUUCACCGCCACUUAUUUUUGUUUUUUAAGAAAAUACUUUUUUUUUAGAUAUCGUUAAUUUCUAACAUGGAGUUGUAAAAACCAUGAGGAUCUUUUAAUUUUAAAACGACACAGAACAAUCUACGUAUAUGUUAUAAAAUUAUUAAAUCUUCUACGAAGUACAUAUAUUGGGUCGUGAUAUUUAAUAUUUUUUAAUGAACCUGAAAAAUAUAUAUAUAUAUGCAAUAUUUCUAAUGCAUUCAAAACUCGUGAAAAUGUUAAAUUAUCUUUCUAAACAUAUUCUUAUGUUUAUAUGUAUAAAAAAAAAAAAAAAUGUACAUCGUACGAAAGUUCUCGAUCCUUUCUAAGGUUAGAAACAAACAUUAUCGAAAAUAUUCGACCUGUGGAACGUCCAGGCUAGCCCAAGUUUACAAUGGAGACGCUUUUUUGUAUAUAAUGAAUGAUAUAUAAUCGUUAAAAAAAUGAUAUAACGCUAAAAAGGCAUACGUGUUUUUAUUUGGAAUGAGUCUGUGAUGUGUCUGGAAUUAUAAAAAAUAGCUUCAACUGUUGUACCAGUGCGAAAGGCAUAUUAGCCUCAAAUUUGACAAGGAGUCAAUAUGAUUGACAUAAGAGACAUAUAAAAUGCAUUCUCGCACAUAUUGACAGUGUACUGUCUUAAAGAGAUCACUUUAAAUAUUCUCUCCUUGGUGAAGUGGGUUUUAAACAAAACAACAAAAAAAAAAGUAUAAUUCUAAGUGUUGUACAUAGUACACAAUAUUAAUUUUUAAGUUGAACAAGUAGGUAUAUGAUGGCUAGUUUAAUCGUAUGCUAUAUUGUAAGAAUCUAGACUUAGUAUAAGUGACGUAGCUAGCAUUUAGGAAUUAGACGCCAUGAACUGACUAGGGAAAAAAUUUCCCCAACGUUCUCUUAUUAAUAAAAAAAGAGAUAAAAGAAAACGUAUACAGGCGAUUUUGAUUGAUGGGAAAAAAUUAUCAUCCGCCAUAAGCGAAUGGAUGUGAAUUUUAUUUUAUUUGAUUGAAAUUAUAGAAUCUGAAUGUACGCUCUGACUAUCAAACAAA